GCAGAGAUAUGUUGAUUAUCUUAAACCUAGCGAAUUGAUGAUCAGUCAUUGGGAUAAUGAAUGUGAUAAACCAAAGACCGAUUUCGGAAAAGUAAGGAUUAUACAAAGAGCUUGGAGAAAUUACAAGAAUAGACCUGAGUCAUUAGCCACUCGAGUUUGGGAAGCAGUUGAAAACGACAAUACUUCCGAGAACAAGAAGUUUUUAGGUAUAACUCCUCAAAAAAUAAGACUUCCUGAAACUUCUUAUACUGGCUAUGGUGGAAGAACGAUUCUAGUUAAAGAUGUACCAGCAUAUGCUCGAAAUUUAUCUGAAAUGUUUUAUCGUUAUAGUCCUAAAAGUUGGGCAGAUGCUAAGAAAUAUCAAUUACAGGUUAGAUUAUCUAACCACGUUUUAAAUUUAUUAAGGCAACAAGGAUACAGAGUAAUCUAUAAUAAGCAAUGGUAUGUAAUGUUAAAGUGGAUACAAAAUCCUGAAUUAUAUAUUGAUAAUAAAUACCCGCCAUUUAUUAGAAUCGAAUAA